AUGGCAGCUCGAAACACUCUCCGUCGCUCCCUCCUCUACGUCCCUGGCUCCUCCCAGCGCUUCCUAGACAAGUCCCGCUCCCUAACAGCCGACUGCGUCGCCUACGACCUAGAAGACAGCGUAACACCGCACAAGAAAGCCGAGGCCCGCACCCUAGUGCGGAGAGCAAUCGACCAAGCGGCACCAACAGGGAUCCGCGAACGCGCAGUGCGCAUCAACUCCGUAGACAGCGGGCUCGCACUGGCUGAUCUGACCGAAGUUCUCCAAUCGCCAAACCUAACAACAAUCGUAAUCCCCAAAGUCAACUCCGCCUCAGACCUGACAUUCGUCACAGACGUCAUAAACCACACUCUAUCCCAACAACCCCCAACCCAACGAACCCCCAUCUCACUUCUAGCACUAGUCGAGUCCGCCAAGUCCCUCACGAACCUGUCGCAGAUCUGCGCCGCCUCGCCACUACUACAAGGCCUGGUAUUCGCGGCCGAGGACUUCGCCUUAGACCUAAGCCUUACGCGGACGCCAUCGCUGACGGAGUUUCUUUUCGCGCGGUCUGCGAUCGCGACGGCUGCGCGCGCGGCGGACUUACCGUCGACGAUUGAUCUCGUGUGCACGGCGUUCAGGUCUGAGAAGGGUGAUGGGUCCCCACCGGAGGCGCUGCAGGAGGAGUGUCGGGAUGGGAGAAGACUGGGGUUUAAUGGGAAGCAGUGUAUUCAUCCGUCGCAGGUGAAGGUGGCGGAUGAGAUUUUUGGGCCAGAUCCGCACGAGACGGAGUGGGCUAUGAGGGUUGUUAUUGCGGAUGAGAAGGCGGCGAUGGCGGGGAGGGGGGCUUGGACGCUUGAUGGGAAGAUGAUUGAUGUUCCGGUUGCGCACAAGGCUAGGGCUAUUGUGCAGAAGGCCAAGGCUUGUGGGGUUGAUGUUGAUGCUUUGAGAGAGGAGUGGAAGCAUCAGGAGCCGGAGUAG